AUGGAAGGCGUGAUCGACCUCGCACUCCACAUCGCAAACGAAACGUCUUCAGAGGGCUCGGAGAAGGCCAACGACACUUCUUCUAAGGUACUCCGAUUCAAGGACUACCCGCACGAUGCCCUAAUAACCGGAUUCGUCUUCCUCGUCCUCAUGGUUGUCUUCGGCGUGCUCGCCAACACGGUAUCCAUCUUGGCACUCGUCAAGUCUUCCAAGCUCAACAACGCCACCACUGCCCUCAUCGUGAACCUCUGCUUCACUGACCUGAUGUUCAGCGCCACCAGCACGCCGUUCGCCGUGACAGUCUUCUGGAACGCCGGAUGGGCUUACAGCCACGGUUUGUGCGUCGCCUACGGUGUGAGCCGCUUCUUUAACGUUGGAGCGUCCAUCUUCACCGUCAUCGCGAUCACGAUCAACCGGUACGUCAUCAUCGUGAAACCGAUGUUGUACAAGCGAGUCUUCACUCCUGGAAACAACCUCCUAGUUGUUACCGGCACGUGGCUCAUCACUGUGGCCCUGAUGCUGGCGACCACGGCUGGACUCUGGGGCAGGUUCGCCUGGGACGACGAGAUCGGAACGUGCAGCGUUGUGCCCCACAAUGGAAGGAGCAGCAAAGCGUUCCUGUUCAUGGUCGCCUAUUUCCUGCCGACCGUGUUCUUUGUCGUCUGCUACAGCAGGAUCUACUGGAUCGUUCGGAACACGCAGAAGAACCUUCGGCAGUACAGCACUAACCACAAGUCAGCGGCGUUUGUUACCAAUCUGAUGAAGCGUUUCGGAGCUCAGCAAGAGCAGGAGGGGCAACCAGUGCCCGAAGAGCGGAUCCAGAGGCACCAAAACAGGACCGACAAGGACCUCAGGCUCUUGAAGAUGGUCCUGGUAAUCUUCGCGGUGUUCACCUGGUGCUACCUACCACUGCUGCUGCUGAAGGCUUUCCGCCUGCUGGAUAACUACCCUGGUGUUCAGGUCGUGGCCUAUCUCAACUUCUAUUUUUCCGGAUGCGUGAACCCGAUCAUCUACAUCUGCAUGAGCCGAGAGUACAGACAGGCUUACCGGGAACUGUUCCAGAGGAAACGCUCGACUCUCUCUGACAGCACAAGCAGCCGUGAGACUCAUCUUUGA